AUGCGGAAAUGUGGGAGGUGCAAGAGGAAGGGGCACAAUGUUCGCACAUGUGAAGAGAGAGAGGCAAGGUCACGGGGGGCUCAAAGGUCGGUGCAAGACCAUAUCACACUUCAAACGAGUGUGGUUCCACGCGUUGGGGGGAGGUAUCAAGCCUGCGAGGCAUGUGGCCAUCGACAUAGGCUGCGGGACAGAUGUCGAAGCGGACGAGCGGAGCAACAAAGAGGUGAGGUUCAGGGACGAGGAGGGGGCCGAGGGGGACAGGUGCAGGGACGAGGGGAGCAGCCUAUAGGGCAGGUGCAGGGAGAAGGGGAGCUGCAGAGGGAACAAGCCCAGGGAGGAGGGGAGUUGCAAGAGAGACAGCUGCCAGGAGAAGGGGAGCAGCAGAGAGGACAAGUGCAGGGAGACGGGGGGCAGCAGCAGCAGCAGCCAGUGCAAGGAGACGGGGGGCAGCAGCAGCAGCAGCCAGUGCAGGGACAUGGGGGGCCGCAGCAGCAGCAUCCAGUGCAGGGAGACCGGGGGCAGCAGCAGCAGCAGCCAGUGCAGGGAGAUGGGGGGCAGCAGCAGCAGCAGCCAGUGCAGGGGGAUGGGGGGCAGCAGCAGCAGCCCCAACAGGGAGACGGGGGGCAGCAGCAGCAGUUGCCAGUGCAGGGAGACGGGGGGCAGCAGGUAGGACAGGUGCAGGGAGAAGGGGGGCAGGAGAGUGGACAAGUGUUGCAUAGACAACGUGGUUCAACCCCACCUGCCGAAUGGUUGGUUGAAAUAGAGGACAUUGAUGAAGAAGCUGACGAAGGAAGUGAAUCUUCUGAAGAUGAUAUGGAAUUAUUGCAAGUAGAGCAGCAAGUGACUCGCACCACAAGUGUGGCGGAUGUGAUUGAGGAUGGUAAUGCAGGUAGGGCGAUCGACCCGAGGGAGGCUGAGAGUGGAGCAGGUGGAGGUAUGGAGGAGCAGUCAUCGGAUGAUGACUGUGAUUGUGAUGAUUCAGAUGGAGAAGGUGGGGACGGUUUGGGCACAGCCAGUAGAAUUGGAGAUGCUGCGAUGGAUGAGAUACUUACCAUGGGAGAUGCUCAGGUGCAACACGAAGGCCCGCAUGGUCACAUCAUCUCAAGUGUGGGUACUUUACCCAUGCAAGAAUUUGAUGUUCAGCCAAGCACCGUUCACACUCAGAGGGCUAAUGGAGGUUCCGAGGUGGCGGAAGGGGAGCAGCAUAGAGAACAAGUGCAGGAAGACAGGGAGCAGCAGAGAGAACAAGUGCAGGGAGACGGGGGGCAGCAGAGAGAAGGGGAGACAACUAUUGCGGAGACUAAUGUUACGCAUAGUACAAAUCCUAUGGCACCUUUUUGGUCGGUGGUCCGUGUCCACGGUCAGCCCCGUAACGCUGACCCAGUUGCAACAAGAAGGUUGCGACGGCGACAACGGUUUCGGCUGCAGGUUGAGGUCGUCCCUGAGGACGGUGAAGUGGAGUCUAAUUUCGAAGAAGAGGGCGAUGACUCGAAUGUGAGACGUGGGCGCACACAACCUGGUGGCCGAAGGGUGAGAGGGAGUCAACGGAAUCAGCGUUCACGUCGCCAAGGUGGUGCUGCAGAGAGGGGAGACCAACGAGGGGCGCAGGGUGUGAAUGAUGCUUCAAUGCCUCGUGUUCAAUCUUCAUGUGACAUGGAAUUCACGCUUCGAUUUCGAGUUCCCUCUGUUCUGCUCAGAGCGAGCCACAGUGAUGCGAAUAUUGGCAGCAUCAUAGACGCUAGCAGCAGUGCUGCCACCAGCCUUGCCGCUGAAUGCGGCGAAGGAGGAAGCGGCGCUGCCACGAUCCAACAGCCAGCGGCUUCCCACGUGGACUAUCCCAUCACCGUUUAUCCGCAGGAGCCUCUCCAAUCAGCGUUUGACAAGCUCUUCCUGUCCCACCUGCCGCACUGCUGCCUGCCUGGUCAGCAGACACGUCAGCAACAUGAUGACGCGGGGAACGCAAAAAUCCUGGUGGAGGGGAAAGGAAGCAGCAGCGAGGGCGAAGAGAAGCAGGCUGUUCGGUUCAUGGCUGUUGGGCAAGUGAUCUCCUCGCUCGCCUCCCUGCGCAAGCACCUGCAGCAGCCUUACGUGCCCAACAUGCCGCCCUACCGCUUCGGCCAUAAGCCCCCGCGCUUCAUCACCGCCUACUCCGCCACCGUUUCUCUCUCCGCCGACCCGCUCCGCCCUCCAGGCGCCCCUCCUCUCCGCCCUCCAAGUCCUGCUACUGCUGCCACUGCUCCUCCCAGUGCUGCUGCCGAAGAGAGCGGAGCAGCGCCGUCGUUGGCGCAGCAGUAUCGGUGGAAGGUGGACUCAGCGCCUGUGGUUGCAGCAGAGGCCAUGAUUCUGGAGUGGCUGGCAGAGCCACGUGUCGGCCUGCUACUGGACCUCGAGAAUCUCCGGCGCCAGCUGGCAGCUCUUCUUCACAUGCAUGAAAUAGCUGCUGCGCGUGCAGCCACCGAGACUAGAGGCAUCGCCACAGCUAAAGGCAACAGAGCGGCAGGUAGCUCUCGCCUGUGGUGGUCUUGUUGGCAGUGCAGCCACUGCUGGACGCGCUACCGCCGUGCCGUGUCCAUCGCUGCUUUCAUCGUGCUUGUCGCCAAGUUCCCCCGCUUCGUCACGCUGUGGCGCGCACACAUCCGGUCUGGUUCUGUGAUUUUUCCUGAGCUGGUUUUCCAGUUUGACGCGGGGCGGCAGGCGCAGGGCGACUGCUUGGCGUCGCUGCUGCUGCAGGUGCUGGGAGUGAAGGGCAAGCAGCAGCUGGAGACCGGCUUUGCUGCCCACCUGCUGCCGCUGCUGCCGGGUGGGAGGGACGCGCAUGGGCAGGCAGAAGGGGGAGGAGUGAGUCAAAGUGGGGGGACGGGAGGGGUCCCGGGGGAGGAGUGGAGGGAGGGGUUGAGAGGGGUGGAGUGGGAGGAGUAUGUGGAACGCGUGGGGGAGAUUGCCGCCCAGGGAGGGCUGGCAGGCGAGCAGUACCGCUGCUGCUGCUCGCAGUGUGGUGAAGGAGAGAGCACCGAGGGAACAGUGACUGGGGCUGUGGGCCACCCACUCGGCAGCAGUGUCGGCCGAGGGAAGGGCACCGAGGGAACAGUGACUGGGGCUGGAGCUGGUGGCAACAGUAGCAGUAGCAGUAGCAGUAACAGCAACAGUGGCAUGGUGGUAACUGGUGUGGACCCCACGGAGUUUGCUUUCCUAAGCUCCACUCUCUUCUGCCAGCCCAUGUUCGCCCGCGCUGCUGCUCUCAUCUUCUCCGACUGUGCUGGCAGCCGCCACAAGGAGAGAGUAGAGGACGCUGCUGUGGAGGAGGCACUUCGCCGGCUGGCUGCAGGGGGGAAAGGUGCAGCGGCUCCUGCUGCUACUGCUGCCCCUGGGUCUACAGGUGCGAGGACCAAGGGAUCCGGCACUGCAAGCGGCGCCAGGCUGGUGCCAGUGAACAGUAAUGCGGUGGUUGGGCUGUUUACCUACCGAGUCACCUGCCUGCUGCGAUGGGUGCGACUCUACGGGUUCCGGGUCAACUCCAUUGACCACUGCGCAUGCCCUGAUCAGAGAAAGCCAGGCAUCGCUCUUCACGACCUUCCGAGCCUGCUGCAGAGGUUCGGCGCCGUGCCCGAGCUUCCGGCCACCACAGGCCAGGAAGGUCAGGCAAGGUCGGGCUGGGAGGAGUUUCCAGAGGGGGACAGGGCUGCAGUGGCGGCGCAUGAGAAGAAGGACCCUGGAGAGUUUAUGGGGAUCAAGACGUUCCAGGUGGGGGCGUUUCGUGGCGGUAAGUUGGACAGGGAGGAGAUAAAGAAGGAGUACAAUCUGAGGGAGCUUAGCCCGGCCCACCUGGCCUGCACAUCCGCCUCUCAUCCCAACCCUAGUGUCUGGAGCACUGUACAGGACAACACCAGCGGGCCCUUCUUCCCCACGCUGGGCCAUCGCGUGGAGGAGUUUCUGAGAAGGUUCGCGCCCAAGAAGCUGGCAAGGGAGGGCAGGAACGGCCCUCUGGCCCGCGCCAUCACCUCCUGGGCUGCCUGUUCGGGCAUGGAGGAGCGAAGCUGGGCGGCUCUGGCUCUGGGGCCGUAUGCAGAGGGGAAGGUCAAGCCGAUCCUACGGUCCAGAACCGAGGUGGAUGCGUUGAUAGAGAUGAUCGCGGAUACCGAUGCGCCCAUGCCUGCCUGCACCCGCUGCCGCCUCUGCAUCGGCAAAUACUACCUAGCCGUGAAGCACACAUCGCUCGUCGCCUCCUUCGCCUACCGCCCCUCGUCCGCGCUGCUCCGCUGCCUCCUCUCGCUCUUCCCUGUCCGCUCCGCGACCUUCAGAAUUAUCCUGGAGAGUCUGCGCGUGCCGCCUGUCCCUGCGGUGGUCCCGGACUCGCUGGUGGCGCCGCUGCUGGAAGGCGUGAUGGAGGAGAGGCGUCUAGGGCUCAUCUACAUGGGCAUACUCCACAUCAGUAAGGCCAAUGCGUUUCCUUCCAUUCUGAAACCCAUCGGCAACGACGCAGGCGGGCAGGUGGAGGGUAAGAAGCAGCAGCAGCAGCAGGAGGAGGGGGAAGACGAGUGGAGGAUGUGGGAGGAGGUGGACAGCUGGCGCAUGGCGGCUGGGAACGCGUGGCCUGCUGUGGAGGCCCACGACGCACCGCUGCAGAUGGGCGCAGGGACAGGGAUGGGGCGUGUGCAGGGGGAGGAGUCGGAGGAGUGCUGUGAGGGCAUGAGGCGUGCAAUGGUGGAGGAAGAGGAGGCUCUUGCCGCUGCCAGGAAGGGAAAGGGGCGCAAGGGGAGGGUUGGGGCGUGGUACCUGGAGCCGUGGCCGGGGGGGAUGAAUCCUCUGGCGUGUUUGAGGGAGAUGCUGCUGGGGGAGACCAGCUACUGCCCCCAGGCCAAGCUGGAUGCUGUUGCUGCUGCCGAUGGCAAGGCAGGGCCGCGUGGCUGUGCUGCUUUGAUUCAUGCCUUAUCAAGCUACUGUGUAUGUAAGGCUGGGUCACAGCAGGCCGAUGGUGCAGCACGGCAGCAGCAAGGCUGGCAGCAGCAAGGCUGGCAGCAGCAAGGCUGGCAGCAGCAAGGCUGGCAGCAGCAAGACCUCUGGCAGCCCCUUCCACACGGAGCACGCACCGCUAUCGCGCGCGCACAUGGUGCACUACGUGGACGUGCACCUGCCGUGGUCGCACUCCCUCUGCGCCUGCUGCCUCCCCCGCAUGCUCCGCCCCGCCCGCCCGUCGCCUUCCGCAUCUCAAGCCUCGCCUCUCUUCGCAAGCACUUGCAGCAGCCUUUCGUGUCCUCCAUGCCGCCCUUCCGCUUCGGCCUUAAGCCCCCGCGCUUCAUCACCGCCUACUCCGCCACCGUCCCGCUCUCCGCCCCUCCUCUCCGCCCUCCAGGCGGUGCCACUGCUGGCGCUGGCGCCUCUGCUGCAGCUGCUGCUGCCAGUGCUGCUGCUGAAGAGCGCGCAGCAGCACCUUCCUUGGCAGACCAGUAUCGGUGGAAGGUGGACACGGCGCCUGUGGUUGCAGCAGAGGGGAUGAUGCUCGAAUGGCUGGCAGAGCCACGUGUCGGCCUGCUACUGGACCUCCAGCAUCUCAGGCGCCGGCUGGCAGAUUUUCUUAGCAUGCAUGAAAUAGCUGCUGCGCGUGCGGCAGCCAGGGCUAGAGGCACCGCUGGGUCUAGAGGCACGAGGGCGGCAGGUAACCCUCGCCUGUGGUGGUGCUGCUGGCUGUGCAGUGACUGUUUUACGCGCUACCGCCGUGCCGUGUCCAUCGCUGCUUUCAUCUUGCUUGUCGCCAAGUUCCCCCGCUUCGUCACGCUGUGGAGGGCGCACGUCAAGUCUGGUUCGGCGAUCUUUCCCCACCUGGCGUUUCAGUUUGACGCGGGGCGGCAGGCGCAGGAUGACUGUGUGGCGUCGCUGCUGCUGCAGGUGCUGGGAGUGAAGGGCAAGCAGCAGCUGGAGACCGGCUUUGCUGCCCACCUGCUGCCGCUGCUGCCGGGUGGGAGGGCCGCGCAUGGGCAGGCGGGAGGGGAAGGGGGAGGUUUGGGGGCGGAGGGGGAAAUGGGGGAGGAGUGGAGAGAGGGAUUGAAGGGGGUGGAGUGGGAGGAGUAUGUGGAACGCGUGGGGGAGAUUGCCGCCCAGGGAGGGCUGGCAGGCGAGCAGUACCGCUGCCGCUGCUCGCAGUGCUGCCAGGGCGAGAGCACAGAGGGAACAGCGACUGGGGCUGUGGGAUGCCCACCCGGCAGCAGUGGCGGCAGCAGCAGCGGUGGUGGCGGCAGCGGCAUGGUGAUAUCUGGUGUGGACCCCACAGAGUUUGCUCUCAAGUGCGCCACUCUCUUCUCCGAGCCCAUGUUCGCUAACAAUGCUGCUAUCGUCUUCUCCGACUGUGCUGCCCGCCGCCACAAGGAGAGCGUAGAAGACGCUGCCGUGGAGGGAGCAGUGAACCGGUUGGCAGCGGGGGAGAGAAGCACUCAGGGCAGUGGAGUGCAGGAUCGAGGGAAGCGAGCAAUGGAAUCAGAAGUUCCAACAGUGUCUCCUGCAGCUACUGCUCCCGGCUCUACAGGUGCGAGGAACAAAGGGUCCAGCAGUGCAAGCGGCGCCGGCGCUGGUGCCAGGCUGGUGCCGGUGAACAGUAACGCGGUGAUUGGGCUGUUCACAUACCGAGUCACCUGCCUGCUGCGCUGGGUGCGGUUUUAUGGCCCCACGGUCAAUUCUUCCGAGCACUGCAGAUGCUACGACCCGCAAGGGCCAGGAAGGUCUGGCAAGGGCGGUUUGGCAGACGUAGAGAAGGACCCUGGGUUCUUGGGACUCAACACCUUCCACGUGGGGGCAUUUUGCGGUGGUGGGGGGCUGGACGAGAAGGAGAUGCAUAAGGAGUACAACGUAGGCCGGCCGAACCUGCCCCGCCGGGGCGCCGCGUCCACCUCCCAUCGCAGCCCUGGUGUUGGGAGCGCUCUGCGGGACAACUCGAACGGUCACUUCUUCCCCACGCUGGGCCACCGCGUGGAGGAGUUUCUGAGAAGGUUCGCUCCAAAGAAGCUGGCAAGGGAGGGCAGGAACGGCCCUCUGUUUGAGGCUAUCACCUCCUGGGCUGGCGGGUUGGGCCUCGGGGAUCGAGCGUGGGCUGCUCUGGCUCUGGGGCCGUAUGCAGAAGGGAGGAUCAAGCCGAUCCUACGGUCCAGAACGGAGGUGGAGGCGUUUAUUAAGCUGAUCGCGGGUGCCGUUUCUCCCGUGCCUGCCUGCACCCGCUGCUCCCGCUGCUUCUGCCAAUACUACCGGGCUGUGAAACACACAGCAAUCGCCGCGUCCUUCGCCUACCGCCCCUCGUCCGCGCUGCUGCACUGCCUCCUCUCGCUCUUUCCGGCCCGCUCUGCGACCUUUGAAUCCCUCUUGGAGAAGCUACGCGUGCCUCCUGUCUCUGCAGCGGUCCCGGACUCGCUGGUGGCGCCGCUGCUGGAAGGCGUGGCAGAGGAGAGGCGCCUGAGGCUGCUCUUCGUGGGCAUGCUGCACAUGAGAAAGGACGUGGCCUGCUGUGGAGGCCCACGACUCGCCGCUGCAGAUGGGAGGAGGGAAAGGAACGUGGCGUGUGGAGGGUUCGGAGGAGUGCUGUGCGGGCAUGAGGCGUGCAAUGGUGGAGGAAGAGGAGGCUCUUAG